AUGAUAAAAGAUAAGUUAAUUAUUGAUAACAUUAAUUAUAAAGUUAUUAAUAAAGGUGAGGUAAAUGAUGAACUAAUUAAAAUUUGUGAAUUAAAAGAUUAUACAAAUAAAAGUGAAUAUAUUAAUAAUGAAUUAUCAGAUAAAUUAAAUGAAAUAAAUGAUUUUAGAAAUAAAAAUAAUUCCAACAAAUUUUCAUUAAAUAAUAUUAAUUCAAAUAAAGAUGAUUUAAAUAAAAAUUCUUUAUACUAUUCAAAAAGAAAUGAUUCAAGUAGUGAUAUAUAUGAAAAUAAAUUUCUCAAUACUGUUCGAAAGGUAGAUUUUAAUAAUAAUGUAAUAAAUAUGAUUGAUAUGACCAAAAAUAAUUGUAAUUAUAGUGGUAAUCAUAACAAUAAGUUGAAUGUAAGUAGAAUUGUUGAAGAUUGCAAAAUGAAAGAAAAUAAUUUAAAUGAAAUUUCAACCAAAAGCAAAUUAAAUAACUCUAAUAAAGUCAUUUAUAACAAUUUUAAUAAAAUUAAUAAUGAUGAUAUAUAUAAUAAAGAUAAUUAUAAAUAUGAUGAUAAUAGUAAUGUAAAUUUUAAUUCAUAUAUGGAUAAUGAACAUACUAAUUUUGAAGAAUCUUUAUUUUUAAAUACAAGAGAAAAAAAUCAAAAAUUUUUAUUUGAAGAUUAUAAUUUUCAUAAUAAUAGAAAAAUAAAAUUAGGAUGCAAUAACACUAAUGAAAAUUUAAAUCUUAAUAGGAAGGAAGAUUCAGAAAAACAUAACUUGAGCAUUUAUAGUAACAAAACGCGUAUAGUUAAAAAACAGAAUAUUAUAGAGAAUUUUAAAAAUUUCACCAAUGAUACAAUUAUAACAGCUUUGAAUAGCAAUAUGAAAAAUGAAGAUUAUUCGGAAUUUUUUUAUAUAAAUAAUGAUAAAAAGACUGAACAAAAAAAGAAAAUAAAAUUAGAUAAAGAGAAUGAACAAAAAAAACAAAUGCAAUUAGAUAAAGAAAAAGAUCAAAAAAAAAAAAUUAAAUUAAAUAAAGAGAUUCUAAAUGUGUACACAAGUAAUGGUAGCACACCAGUAAAAGAUUUAAAAGAAACAAGUAAAAAUAAAAAAGAAGUAUCAAAAGAAGAAGAAAUUCUGAAGUUAUUUGAAAAAAAUUUAGAUAAAUAUGAGUUCAUUAGUAUAAAUAAAAAUUUAUUAUUUCUUAAAAAAAUGCAAAAAUAUUUUUAUAGAAAAUAUAUUAACAUUAAAUUUUUGAAUGAUACAAAUAAUUACUAUUAUUUUAUACAUUUAGAAUGGUUUAAUAAAUUUAAAAAUUUUCUUUUUAGUGAUUCUGAUAUUUUUCCGGGUUAUAUAACAAAUUACAAAUUGUAUGAUUUUAAUGAAAAAGAACUUUUGCAUGAAAUUUGUAUAAAUAAGGAUAACUUGAAAAAAAAUUUAAAAGAAGGAAAGGAUUAUAUUUGUACUAAUAAAUAUAUGUGGAGAUUUUUGAAUUUUUUAUAUAGAGGAGGUCCAUGUAUUAAAAGAAGUAGCAAUAAUAUUUAUGAUAAUUUUAUAUCAAUUUCAAAUAAUGAUACAAUGAAUAAAAAUAUUAUUUAUUUAAUUGAACCAAAAUAUGUAGAAAAUUUGUUUGCAUUAUUUGAUUAUUCGGAUGAAAAUAUUAAUUUUAGUAUAGCAAAUAAGAGUACACAUAAAAAUGAUGAUUUAAUUUCUGACAUUUCUAGUAAUAUAAAUAAUUUUUUAGAUGAUAAAAAUGAAGAAAAAAAGAAAAAAACAGAGAACAAAGCACAAGGGAAAAAAUUCGCACAUAGUUAUUUUGAAUUUUUAGAUUUUUACAAUUUAAAAGAAAAAGAAAAGAAAAACUAUUUUUAUAUUGAAUAUGAUGACUCUAAUAAAAAAAUUAUGAAAAAAAUAAUGAAAAUAAAGAAUAAAAGAUUUGAUGACUCAUUUCAUUUUUAUUCGGAUGAAGGUAGUUUAACUAGUGAAAAAAGUUUUAUUAAUAAUAUAAAUAAUAUAAAUAAUAGAAAUAUUGAAGAUGAGUAUGAUAUUAAUAAGAAUGAGGCUAAUAUAAAGAAAGAAAAUAUAAAUUAUAAUAUAAAUUCAAAUUUAAAUAUAUCAGAAUUUGUAUCUGAAGAAAAUUUUAAUAGUUAUGAUGCAUCUAAAAUACAAAACAUAACAAAAAAUAAUUAUAUUAAUUAUGAAUUUUAUGAAAUAGAUAACAAACAAAAGGGAAUUGGAAGAAGUAAUAACAAUUAUAAUAAUAAUAAUGGUAUUAAUAUGAGUUUUAGUAAUAAUAAUUGUAACAUAAAUAAAAAUUAUAUGAAUUAUAAUAUACCAUUCAAAUAUUCCAUAAAUCAGGAUAAUAAUGAUAAUAGUAGUAAUGAUAACAAUUACAUUAAAUAUGAUAAGAAUAAUAACUAUAAUAGAAAUAACAUUUAUUAUAAUAAUAAUAACAAUAAUAAUAAUAACAAUAAUAAUAACAAUAAUAAUAACAACAAUAAUAAUAAUAAUAAUAAUAAUAACAAUAAUAAUAAUAAUAACAACAACAACAAUAAUAAUAAUAAUAACAAUAAUAAUUAUAAUAAUAACAACAAUAAUAAUAACAAUAAUAACAAUAAUAACAAUAAUAACAAUAAUAACAAUAAUAACAACAAUAAUAACAAUAAUAACAACAAUAAUAACAACAAUAAUAACAAUAAUAACAACAAUAACAAUAAUAAUAAUGAUAAAAAUAAUGAUAGAAAUAAUGAUAAAAAUGAUAAAAAUAAUGAUAAAAAUAAUGAUAAAAAUAAUGAUAGAAAUAAUGAUAAAAAUAAUGAUCCUUAUAAUUGUUUUAUACGUGGUAAUAAUAUGUAUUCUAAUAGUUUUAAUAAUUCUGAUAAUCUAAAUAAUGAUUAUAAUAUAAAUCAAAAUAAUAUUUAUAAAAAUAGUAAUAAAAAUGUAAAUUUAAAUGAAAAAAACAUAAAUGAUUUGAAUAAAAUUAAUAUAAAUAACUCAAAAAAAAAGAAUUCUGUCCAUUGUUAUUCAUCAAAUGGCAAUGAUAUCUAUAAGUCCUGUGAGGAAUAUUAUGGUGAUCAUGGUAAAAUUUCAAGUAAUGGAUAUUUAACUACUACUGAAAUGGAAUCAAAAAGUACCAAUGAAAACACUGCUAAAAGUUCUUUUGAUGAAAAAAAUGAGAAUAUAUUAAGGAAUAUAGAUAAAAGUAAAAUGUAUCAUGAUUUAGAAGAAAAUAUACAAGAAAAAACAAAAAAAAAUAAAAAAGAUAUUUAUCCUAAUAAAGCCAAUAAUUCGAAUUUUAUGAAAAGUGGAAAUUAUGAAGAUACUGAAAUAUCUAGAAAUAAUAAUUUUUUAUAUACUAAUAAUAUAAAUGCAAAUAGCAAUGAUUAUAAGGAUGAUAUUAAAAAUGGUGAAAAAGAAAAACAGGAAAUGAAAGUUAUAUUAAAUAAUAUAAAUAAUGAAAAAUCUUUAGGUGAAAACAAAAAUAGACUAUUAAUAGAUAAAGAAAAACAAAACAAAAACAAUAAUAUAAAAAAUCCCUUGAAUAAAAUGAUGUCAAUAACAAAUAACAAUAUCAAUUCCAAUAAUUUAAGUUUAAAAGAUGAGAGUAGCAAUUCAAGUAAUAGCAGUAGUAGUAAUAGUAGCAGUUGUAGUAAUAGUAGUAGUAAUGAUAGUUGCUAUAAUCAAACAGCUUCAGAUUUUAACCAUUGCAAUAAUAGAGAAAAUGUAAUAAAUAUAUCACAUAAUAAUACUAAAAGAGAAAAUGAAUUACUUAACAGUAUUAAUUCUAUUACAACAAAAGAACACCCAGCAGGAAUUAUAAAUUAUUCUACUACCUGUUAUAUUAAUGUUGUAAUGCAAUGUUUAUCCGUUUUCUUUAAAUUAAUUUAUACAUUACAUAAUUAUGUAACAGCUAAAUAUAAAAAUGUAAACUUCUCAAGUGAUGAUACUGAUAAUAUGAAUUCAUCUUUUAUAAAUAAAAAUUUUUUUACAAAUAGUAUUCCUUUUAAUCUAUUUGGAAAUAAUAAUAAAAAGAAAGAUGAACGUUUGUUGUUUAUGUUUUCAUAUAAAUUAUUUCAAUUAAGUAAAAUGCAUAAUAAAGGAAAAGUAUUAUGUGUGAAUAAAUUAUUAAAUUUAUUAAAUGAUAAAUAUUCUUAUUUAUUUGAAUAUAAUGAGCAACAAGAUUGCCAUGAAUUUCUUCUUUUAGUGUUUGAUUUUAUUCAUAAUAUGAUGAAAAUAAUUGAUGAUUCAGUAGAUAAAAAUAAUCAGAUAGAAUACUAUUUGAAAAAAGAACAAUCUAUCAUAUAUGAUCUCUUCUUAGGACUCAUAGAAGAAAAAAUUACUUGUUCUCAAUGUGAAUAUGUUAAUUAUAUAUAUCAACCAAUUUAUAAUUUAAGUGUAAAUAUUUUUAAAAAAAAUCCAGAAAAUAAAUUAAAUGAUAAUUUAGUAGAAUAUUUUAAAAAAGAAGAAGUUAAUUCAACAUGCGAGAAAUGUAAAUGUAAAAAAAUGUUUAAGUUUUGUUGUGUGUAUAAACAACCAAAUAUUCUUAUUAUUCAUAUGAUUCGUUUUUUAGGAGAUGGAUCAAAAAUAGAUAAAAAUAUAAAAUUUGAUAUUAAUAACUUUUCAAUUCAAAAUGUUUUAAAGAAGAAAAAUAAUCAAUAUAUUGAAAGUCCUAAAAAAUAUAAUUUAUGUGGUGUUAUUGUACACAGAGGUUUAAAUGCAAAUUGUGGUCAUUAUAUAUGCUACACUAAAAGAAAGCAUUCUAAUGGAAUUUAUAUGUGGUAUAAAUUUGAUGAUAGUACGGUAUCUGUUGUAGAUGUUGAAGAAGUUGAAUCAUCCAAAGCAUAUUGUCUUUUUUAUCAAAGCCAAUAA